AACUCAAAUAUUUGAAGUUUUUAACAAAAAUAGCUCUAUGAAUAUUUAAAAAAAGUUAAACAUAAAUUAAUCAUGAAUAAUUAAACUUAAUAAAGUGUAUGCAUACAAUGUGUAGUGUUUAUCAAGUUUUAAUAAUCGAAUAUAUUAUUCGCAUAAUCGAGCGAUUAUAUUUUAAUCUCGAUCAGUUUUAAUGAAAAAAUAAUAACGAAUGAAGGUACAUUCAAAAUAGGAAAUUGUCGAUUAAACGACAGGAAAUAAAGAACACUAAAUAAUUCAGAUAAAAAGUGAUAGAAAUUUUAUGCAAUAAAACUUGCACAAACCUUAUUUUAAAGGGAAUAAAUAUCAUCGAUUUGCGAUGACGAUGAAAUCAACGAAGUAUCAAGAAUGUGACACAAUCAUGGACAAUUGCAGUCCAGUUCCACCUCCAUUACCACGCCGUGUGGUACCAAACAGGAAUAUUUAUGCAGAACCUUUUGAAACAAGCUCGUCACGCCUGGGGACAUUACAAAGCUUCAAUAGUUCACAUCAAUCGUCAUCCUCCCAGGGCAUGUCAUGCACAAAUAAUCCACAUUUAGGCGGUAACUUUCCUUUAGUCAUGCCAGACUUUCCUGUGACAACAUCACAAUUUAAUCAAGGGUCUCAUCAUUCACCUUACACAGCUCCAAGAUUACAAGUAGAGAAUAGUAGUUGUCAACAAAGGUGCUCAUGGAAGUGUCUUAGCAUUGCCUUAAUAAUAUUAAGCAUCGUCCUCGCAACAUUGGUAGCCUAUUUCGCAACAGUGAGCUCAAUAAAACCAAAUAUGGAUCCAUCAAGUUGUAUUCUAGUCCAAGAUGUCAAAGCAUCGCAAUCUUUAGUUAAUCCUAUCUUAAAGUUAUUUCCCACCGAAGAUUCACUACAAAUAAGUAAUGUCGAUCAUACGACUUCUUAUCAGAAUCAUCAUCAGACUUAUCAGGAUCAGCAGCAAAUUCAAACACCGCUCGUUCAAUCAUCGAUAAUGGAGUUAAAAGACUUCAACAUCCUUCAUCAAUCAACAACACCGCCAUAUCAAUUCUGGAAUAUUGAUUUUCGCAACAAACAUCCAGCUUUUGUUAAUAUUUAUCUGAAUAUACCAUGGGGUGCCAAUUUUGCUGUUUAUGGACGACGAAAUGUCUUGCCAAGUAUCACACAAUACGAUUUCUUCGAAUUCGUUAAAGGUGGACGAUUGGAUCAAGGCAGAAUACGUAAUGAACGUGACGUUGCUAAUGAUGAAGACGUUAAAGCGAUUCAAAACUUUCAUCAUCAUUUCGUUUCAAAGCGAUCGUCAUCUGACGCAGCUUCGAAGUUUAACAUGGACACAAUGAUGGUUAACGUGACGAUAAGUCAAUAUCUCGAUGGUGGACGUUGGUAUUUAGCGAUAUUUAAUGAUGAUUUAGUGUCACAUCAAGUGCAGCUGAUUCUGUCAGAAGCUGAAACUGUCAGCAGUACAUGUAUGAAUGAUUGUUCUGGUCAUGGUUCAUGUUAUCUUGGAAAAUGUGAUUGCAUUGAUGGAUAUGAAGGUGUUGACUGUUCCAAAAGUGUUUGCCCUGUUCUAUGUUCAGCACAUGGACAUUAUGGUGGUGGAAUAUGUCACUGCGAAGAAGGAUGGAAAGGUUCAGAAUGUGAUAUUCCAGUAACAGAAUGUGAGAUGCCAACAUGCUCAAGUCAUGGUCGAUGUAUUGAAGGCGAAUGUCAUUGCAAUCGUGGAUGGAAAGGAAGAUUUUGUGAUCAAGUUGAUUGUCAGGAUCCAACAUGUUCGGAGCAUGGCAGUUGUGUGUCUGGUCAGUGCUUCUGCAAAGCUGGUUGGCAAGGUGAAAACUGUGAGACACGCGAUCAACAAGUCUAUCAAUGCUUACCUGGCUGCUCCGAUCACGGACAUUACGAUCUCGAGACUGGUUCAUGUAAUUGCGAUCAUCAUUGGACAGGUCACGAUUGUUCUCAAGCAAUUUGUAGUUUGGAUUGCGGACCAAAUGGAAUUUGCGAAUCGUCGAGGUGCCGUUGCAAUCCGGGAUGGACGGGAGUCUUGUGUGAUCAAUUAACAUGCGAUGUUCGAUGUUCGACUCAUGGACAAUGUAAAAACGGAACUUGCGUGUGUUCUCAAGGAUGGAAUGGAAAAUAUUGCACAUUACCUGGUUGCGAAAAUGGAUGCUCACGUCAUGGACAUUGUACAUUAGACAACAGUGAAUAUCGUUGCGAGUGUGUUGAAGGAUGGGCGGGCACGGACUGCUCGAUUCCAUUAGAGACAAACUGCAACGAUAACAUUGAUAAUGACAAAGAUGGCAUGACAGAUUGCUCCGACAGUGAAUGUUGUUCUCAUCCCGUAUGUUCUGAACAUAUUAUGUGCUUGUCAUCAAACGAUCCAGUUGAAGUUUUACUUAGAAAACAACCGCCAUCUGUAACUGCUUCGUUUUAUCAGCGUGUAAAGUUUUUAAUUGAAGACAACAGUGUUCAGUCGUACGCUCAUAAAGAAGAGUAUAGUGAAAGGUUCGACAUCUUAGUGAAUGGCGGUGGUGCAAUCACAUUACAAUUCCAACGGUCACCUUUUCAUCCUUUAACACGAACAGUUUUUGUUCCAUGGAAUCAAAUCAUUGUUUUACCACCCGUCCAAAUGAUCUUAGUUGAUGAAUCAGAAUCAGAAAUGGCAAAAGUUGGAAUGACAAUGUCACAUCGCUUCCUAAAUUCAUUAAGGAAUAAGUUUUACGAUAGAAACUUUAAUGAUUCAUCUGUUAAUUGUCCGAAUAGUGACAUGCUUCGUCCAAUAUUAACAAGCACAUGGAUGCCAAAUGCGAUUGGCUCGAAAGCAGGUCAAUCUUUGAUAUUUGCUGAGAAUCAGAUCGUUCAAGAGUCACUACAAGUGCCGGGUUCUGGCAUUUAUCUUACAUAUCACUCAAUGAAAAUGUCUGGAUAUUUAAGUAUCGUUCACAUGCAAUUAACAGGCAGUGAAAUACCAAAAACAUUGACACAUGUUCAUGUUGGUGUUGAAAUCGAAGGCUCAUUGCAUGUCAAGACAUACGAAGCAGAUCCGAAUCUUCAAUACAUUUUCGCAUGGAAUAAGAGAAAUGUUUAUAAGCAAAAAGUUUAUGGAGCAGCGACAGCAAAGAUUUCUAUCGGAUAUCAACAAUCAACAUGUAAUGACAUAAUUUGGGAGACACAAACAGCGAAGCUACAAGGCUUUGAUGUUGACAUUUCUGACAUUGGUGGUUGGGGUUUGAACAUUCAUCAUCAUUACAAUUUUCACGAAGGAAUUCUUCAGAAAGGAGAUGGAGCGACGUUACAUUUUAAAGAAUAUCCGAGAGUUGUGACAGCUGUAAUGGGAAAUGGACAACAAAGGCCAUUAAAAUGUAAGGAUAAAUGCAAUGGAGUUGCAAAAACAAACAAGUUGCUUACGCCGAUUGCUUUAGCAUCGGGUCCUGAUGGAAGUUUAUAUGUCGGUGAUUUCAAUUUAGUUCGAAGAAUUUUCCCCAAUCAAACAGUUGUGACAGUAGCGCAAUUAAGUGCAACUCAAGUGUCAUAUCAAUAUUACCUGACAGUAUCACCAGCCGACGGUCAUCUUUACAUUUCUGAUCCCGAGAAAUAUCAAGUUUUGAAAGUGACAGAACUGGCAAACAAUUCCAUGGAAGCUGUGGUUGGAAGUGGUCAUCGAUGCAUUCCUGGUGAUGAAGAGAAGUGUGGUGAUGGCGGGUUAGCAAAAAAUGCUCGACUUUCCCAUCCAAAAGGUAUUGCAAUUGCUGCUGAUAAGACUAUUUACAUUGCUGAUGGUACAAGCAUUCGUGCUGUUGAUAAUAAAGGAAUUAUUCACACUUUGAUUGGUCAUCAUGGGCAUCAUAAUCAUUGGAGUCCAAUACCAUGUAAAGGGACAUUAUUUGUGAAUCAAGUUCAGCUUCAAUGGCCGACGGGACUUUCAUUAAAUCCUAUUGACGGUUCAUUACACUUUAUCGAUGACCGAUUAGUACUUAAGCUGACAGUUGACAUGAAAAUCAAGGUCGUUGCUGGUCAACCGUUACAUUGUGCCAAUAAUAAUAUGAAGAAUGAAACAAACGAUGACUUAGUUUUGGGGACGGUCUUAGCGAUGGCAUUUUCGCCAUUAGGAGAUUUGUUCGUUGCUGAUAGUGAUUCGAGACGAGUCAAUUCUAUAAGAGUUGUUGACACUGCUGGCAACAUGAAAACAUUUGCUGGUCAAAAAGAUGGAGGAUUCCAAGCAUGCGAUUGCAGAGGAAACACAACGAAGAUUGAAAGUAAACGGGUGACGAGUUCAACCUCCGCGCCUGUCCUAAUGAUGACACCAAUGACCGGCUGCGUGUGUCCAUCGACGAAAAUCAACAUUGAUGAGACAGUGUCGUCAACAAAUAUGAGAUUUUCAGCGAUCUCUGCUCUCGCUGUCACUCAAGACAACGUUUUAAAUGUUGCAGAUCAAGGGUUGCUUCAGAUUCUUGCACUUCAACAUUACCUUCCGAAACAGGAUAAGAAUAUUGAAUAUCAAAUUCCCUACCCACCCACAAAUGAAAUUUAUAUUUUCAAUCGUUACGGUCAACACGUUGCAACAAAAGACAUGUCAACUGGUAAAACAAUUUACUCCUUCUUAUACUCAAAGAACACAAGUUUUGGUAAAUUAUCGGCUGUGACUGACAUCACUGGGAAUAAGAUUCAAUUCCUUCGAGAUUAUAGCAGUUUAGUGAGUUCGAUUGAGAAUACACAAGAUCACAAAUUGGAAUUGAAAUUCUCAACAAAUGGUUUCUUAACAAGACUCAGUGAUAAGGGAAAAUCGGAAACUGUCUUUGACUAUGAUGAAAAUGGGUUGAUCCUGAGUCGUUCGACUGACAGUGAAACUUUCAUUUAUCAAUACAAUAAAUAUGGCAGAGUUAUCAAUGUUAUUGUUCCAACUGGUGAAACUCUCAAAGUUUCAUCACAUCUAAACGCCGACUACGGAUUACAAGUCGAUGUUCAAUCAACAAUUCCUUCGAGUUUCUCAUCAAAGACAUUAAACAUUGCGUCACUUAAAUUCAACGGUGGAAUUGAAAGUUUUAUCAUGGAACGUGACAAGGAAAUAUUGAAAGCUACAAUUGACACAAACAACACUUUAUCGAUUUUCCAAGCAAACAAAAUUCUUCUACAAUCUUCUGCUAUUAUUCGUCAUCCAUCACUUGAGAAGUCAUCACUUAAAGUCGAAGCUGAAAUGUUGCCUAUGUGGUCACAUGAAACAAUCCAAAUGGGUGAUACACUUCUCAAUAGCAUGUACACAACUUAUACAUUAAUUGGCGCCGAUCCACGAAAUCCCCAUCAGACGUUGAAGAAAGAAAUUUGGGUGAAUAAUACGAGAACACUUGGAGUACGAUUCGAACAGCUUAUGAACAGUGAAACGUUUUAUGACAGAGAUCAUCAAGAUAUUCUUUCAGUGACUUAUGACAGCAAUGGCCUUCCGUUGUCAUAUAAACCAGCAAAUGGUUUUCCACUCAAUAUUUCUUACGAUAGAUUUAAUCGCGUGGAAAGCUUGUCAUGGGGACCAUCAGAACUUAAAUAUUCAUAUGAACGUCAUGGUCUUCUCUCCGAAAUUACAUCACAACAAGAUGGAAUCGUUUCAUAUACUUACAAUGAUUUUAAUCUUCUUUCGGAAAUUGGUCUUGCAAGUCAAAGAAAGAUUCAAAUCACUUAUGAUUCGAAUGGUGGAGUUCGUUCAGUUUUAUUGCCAACGGGAUCGAAACAUUUGUUUGAUCUGCAAAGAUCUUUUGGAUUCGUUAGAUUCACUUAUACACCGCCCGGAAGUUCAAAGUCUUACCUUCAGCACUUUUCAUAUUCUGGUGCUUUGUUGCAAACAAUUUAUCCAGGAAAUAGUGCACGAAUCGUUUACCGAUAUAACGAGCAAGGAAAGCUUUUGGAAAUCGUUCAUGGUGAAGGUAAAAGUGAAUUUAAUUACAAUAAGGAAACUGGAAUGUUAUCGACAGUAGCACAUGCUGAAAGAGAGCUUGAAUAUCGAUGGGAUUAUGAAUAUAACGGCGCUUUGUUGACAGAAGAAAGAAUUGAUUUCAUUGCCAAAACGGGCUUAAGCAAUGCUAAGUUCACAUACGAAUAUGACUCAAAUUUCCGUCUGAUAUCGAGCCAAGGAAGAAUUGGCGGAAAGAAUCUUCCUGGUGUGACAUUUGCUUAUAGUUCAAAGACUGGAAAUUUAGAGCAAAUAUCACAAUUUAAAGUUUCACAUCCGAAGGCGAACAUGACUAAUAUUUACGAUGGCACAGCAACAUUUACACGAACUGUCGAUGGAAGAUUCUUAGAGACUGAGACAACACUUUACAUUCAUCGAAUGCAAGUUUUUAAAAUGGAAUUUUCUCAUGACAUGCAUGGUAGAAUAAAGCAAACAAAGAUGUACACGAGAAAUGUUGCUGUGACAAAUUUCUCGAAUAUUAAAAACUAUACUUGGGAUUGUGAUGGUCAGUUGGUUGGUGUUGAAGCGCAAGAGCCUUGGGGAUUUAGAUAUGAUGAUAAUGGUAACAUGCUUGCUUUAUCAUAUCGUGGUAACGACAUUCCAAUGGAAUACAAUUCAAUGGAUCGAAUUAUAAAAUUUGCUGAAGGUCAUUACAAAUAUGAUUCACGUGGUCACACGAUACAAAAUGCAAGAGAAGAAAAAUUCCAUUACAGCACGCAAGGAUUAUUAGUUAGGGCAUUUAAAAAAGGUCGCUUUGAUGUGAGAUAUUUCUAUGAUCAUCUUGAUCGAUUGUCUGUGAGAAAGGAUAACUUUGGAAAUGUCACGCAAUUCUUUUACAACAAUCAAGAUCGUACGAAUGAAGUGUCACAAAUUUACUCACCACGUGAUGGCAAACUUCUUUCAUUAGUUUAUGAUGAUCGUGGUCAUUUAAUUUUUGUACAAGUUUUUCGUAAUAAAUAUUACGUUGCAACAGAUCAAUCAGGAACUCCAAUAAUGAUCUUUAAUCAAUAUGGAGAAGGAAUUCGUGAGAUGAUGCGAUCACCAUUUGGUCAUAUUGUUUAUGAUUCAAAUCCAUAUCUUUAUCUUCCGAUUGACUUUUGUGGUGGAAUUCUUGACCCGGUGACAUCGUUGGUUCAUAUGCCUGAUGGUAAAAUUUACGAUCCAUUAAUUGGAUUGUACAUGACACCAAACUGGAAGAAUACAAUUGAGCGAAUCAAAACACCAACAAAACUUCAUCAGUAUCGAUUUAAUGGAAAUGAUCCCGUGAAUGUUAAUCGAGAUCGUUCACAUCCGAAAGAUUUUGAGUCAUGGUUUAAUUUGAUUGGAUUUAAUUUAAAGAAUAUGUUCCCACAAUUUAAUAAGAGACUUUGGAAGUCGUCAUCGCCGUUGGGAGUUUCUGUUGCUAAACAGCAAAAUCCUCUUAUCAUUACUUCUGGUUUCUUAUCGCAUUUGAUUGAACGUCAAUUGCCAAAUAACUUGCCAUCACCAAAGAAAUCUUCUCUCAAAUUAGACGAAUUAAAUCUUCCAUCGCUUAAAGCGGGAGCAUCAAGUGAACCACCAUUUGGAAAGGGAAUCAUUGUUGUAAGAACUUUUGAAGGGCAAGCAAUUGUUUCGAGUGUUCCAGCUGCAAAUGCCAUUUAUCGUGAUGUUUACACUUCGGUAUUUAAUCGCACAAAACUUUUGCCAUUCACAUUUGUUGCUCACAACUCGCAGCAAGAUUCUUUCUAUUUUGUGAAGGAAGAUUCGUGGCGUUCAAGCGAAGACCGUCAACAAUUGAAGCGCUUACAAGGUCAAGUCAAUACAACAUUCCAUGAGAAUAAUAAAGAGAAUUCAAGUGGAAAUAACAACUAUUUAGAUGUAAAGAUUCACGGAAUUCAAGCUGUCAUCAAUUUACGAUAUGGAACGACACUUGAAAAAGAAAAACAAAGAUUGAUGCAUCAUGCUAAACUACAAGUGAUGAGAAAAGCAUGGAGCCGAGAAAAAGAAUUGAUUAGAGCUGGUUUGACAACAUCUGUUGAAUGGGUUCAAUCAGAAAUUGAAGAAAUAAUCAAACAGGGAUAUUCGAAUUUAUACGAUUGUGAAUAUUUUCAUGAUGUCAAUAUUUAUCCAGAGUUGGCUGAAGAUCCUUCCAACAUUCGUUUUACCAAAAAGAAAGUAAGGUCUAAAAGUCGUCGAUAAAAUGUUGAUUGGAAAAACAAAACAAAUAUUUAACAAAUAAAUCUUGGCAUGACAUUAAAUUAAAAUAACUUAAGACAUGACAUGACAACAACAAAAUAAAAGGAGUUAAGAAAAGCUUUAAAAUAGAAAAUUAAAAUAAUGAAACAGUAAUUGUUAGAUGUAGAUGCAUAACAAGUAUAAACACAUAAAUACGCGGCCACUCACAGUUGAUUGGCUUUAAAAUUGAUAAAUUGAUUAAAGAAAAAAAUAUAUUUAUAACAUAUUAUUAGGAAUGUAAACAUUAAAGUGAAGCCGGUGAUGUUUUCGAUUAUCAUUGACAAGUAGAAAUCCUUAAAAGAAAAAAUAUUUACGCGCGAAAAUAAGAAAUUAAUUAAUCUUCACUAAGAUUUUUCAUAAACAGAACCAAUUAAAUAAAAAAUUUAUCGAGGAAAAACCCUAAAAAUAUUUAUCAUGCGAAGAUUAAUAUUGUUGUGUAGUUGAUGAUUGAAUGAAUAAUUAAAUUGAUGCCAAACGUAGAGUCGUUUAAAUAACAAUUUAAUAAGAGUGCGACGAAAUAUUUCCUUGUUCUUUUUUCUUAAAUAGAUUAAAUUCUCUCUCUAAUGAAUAAAUAUUUUGUCGUCAACGAGACGUUUAGAUAAGACAUCUCGUGAGAUUUUCCUUUCCUACAUUUUAUCGGAUCGGAAGAUGUUUGAAAAGAGAAAAGAAGAAGAAAAAAAGGGAAAAAACUUUGAAAAAAGAAAAAUCAGAUUAAAAGUAUUUUCUGAUAAUGUAAGACAAUGCAUUUCUAUUCUUAUUCUUUCGAUGUAAGCUUGUUUGUUUGUUUGUUUGAUAUUUUAUUUAACCAUAAUUGAUGAUUGUAACAAGAGUUUUAUUGAAACUUAAUGUGUGCUUUGAUGCUCAAAAAAGAAAGAAAGAAAGCUAUAAUAUUUGAAUUAAUUUAAAAGAAAUAAAUAAAUAAAUAAUAAAAU